UUUCUCUCUCUCCUUUAGCUUUAUUGCGCCGCAAAGCUAAUGCCUCGCAAGUCUUCGUCCCGUGCAGCAUCUCGUACUGCUUCCCGCCCCGCACUUAGACCCUUGUCUGCUCCUGUUCGCUCUCCUCAGCCGUCCAGUUUACCAUCUCCGGCGACUGCACCCAAUUCCAAGGGUAGAGGCAUUAUGACAGAAAUCGCCUCCACUGCUGCUGGUGUGGCUGCAGGUCACGUCGCUGCUAAUGCUAUCAGUCGAACGUUAUUUGGGUCGCCAAGUGAGCAUUUUCAGCCCGCUCCAAUUCAACCAGCUGAAGCAUUACAGCCUUCUCAGUCUCCCGAUUCUCAGGGCCCUUGCGCAGAGGAAUAUUUUAACUUUAUCAAGUGCAUGAACACUUCUGGGAAUGAUCUUAGUUAUUGCCAGCAGUUUAAUGAUAUGUUCAUGUCCUGCAAACGACAACCCAACUUUUAUUAACUAUCAGCGAAAUAGAAGUUAGCUGAAGCAUAAAAAUAAAAUUUUAUUAAAAGUGCGACUGUU